AUGGCAACGGCAAAAAACAAAACAAUAUGUUUUAAAUGUAAUGAAGAUAAAAUAACAUAUCCUUGUGAAGGAUGUUCGCAAAGAUUUUGUUUACUGGAUUUGACAGAACAUCGUCAAAUAUUAACUAGUGAAUUACAUCAUAUCACCAAUGAAUAUAAUGAAUUUAAACAGACAAUUAAUGAACAAAAACAAAAUUCACAAAAUGGUUCAUUAAUAGAGCAAAUUAAUCAAUGGGAAAUCGAAUCAAUUGAAAAAGUUCAACAAAAGGCCCAAGAGUGCAGAGAAAUUAUUAUUAAAUCAUCACAAAUAUGUAUUAAAGAUAUUGAAACGAAGCUUAAUAAUUUACGUGAACAAAUAAAACAAAUGCAAAAACAAAAUGAGUUUAAUGAAAUUGAUUUAAAUUAUUUAAGAAAUCAAUUAAUAGAAACUACACAAGAAUUCAAUAAUCUAUCAAAGAUUUCUAUUAAAAAAGAGUCACAAUCAUUUAUUCAUGAUAUUUCAAUUAUUUUAUCAAAAAAACCCAAAUUUAACAAAUGGAAACAAAAUGCCAUCACUGUAGCUGGUAGAAAUGGAGAAGGACAACAAUUAAAUCAACUCAGUCACCCUGCAGAAAUCUUUGUUGAUGAAAAGAAAAAUAUUUUCAUUGCUGAUAGUGAUAAUCAUCGUAUUGUUGAAUGGAAAUGUAAUGCAAACGAAGGACAAAUUAUUGCAGGUGGAAAUGGGCAAGGAAAUCGAAUGAAUCAAUUAGAUCGACCACCAAAUAUGAUUGUUGAUCAACAAAAUCAGUCGAUCAUCAUUGCUGAUCGUUAUAACAGACGAGUGAUUCAAUGGUCGAAUCAAAAGCAACAAAUUCUCAUUGACAAUACUGACUGUUGUGGCUUAGCAAUGGACAAAAACGGAUUUCUUUAUGUUUCGGAUCAUAAAAAGAAUGAAGUGAGACGAUGGAAAGUGGGUGAAUACAACAACGAAGGAAUUAUAGUAGCAGGUGGAAAUGGACAAGGAAAUCAACUUAAUCAACUCAAUAGUCCAGGUUUAAUCUUUGUUGAUGAAAAUCAAUCUGUUUAUGUAGCAGAUUGGUGCAAUCACCGUGUAGUGAAAUGGAGAAAAGAUGCAAAAGAAGGACAAAUUGUGGCUGGAGAAAAUGGUCAAGGAGAAAAUCUUAAUCAAUUGACUUAUCCUGAAGCAGUAACUGUCGAUCGUUUGGGUCAAAUCUAUGUGGCAGAUUGUGCGAAUCAUCGAAUAAUGCGUUGGUGUGAAGGAAAAGAAGAAGGUGAAAUUGUUGUUGGUGGCAAUGGUCAAGGAAAUCAAUCAAAUCAAUUGAAUGGCCCCUGUGGUUUAUCUUUUGAUGCUGAAGGAAAUCUUUAUGUUGCUGAUUAUUUGAAUAAUCGAAUUCAAAAAUUUGAAAUAGAGUUGUGA